AAGUGACCCGUUCGCAGACAAAUUUCGCUCACAUCUUUCGUUACGAUUUGCGAGCGAGGGCGGAGAGAAUGAAGCUAGAGACGCCAAGGCCGCCAACUCAAGAGCGAGAGCGACGAUGACUGGACGCCACACGCCACACACCAGCACCAGCACACCACCCUCGCGCUGCCGUUGCUCCCCACUUUCCCCAGCGGUACAGCCCAGCCCUACUAGGGUGACCCAGCCAGAGAUCUCUGCCGCGGGGCCCGCCCCAUCCCGAACGCCGACCGACGGGCAAUGGCCGCCUCACUAGUACCACUAUAAAAUCCCGCCUCCCGUUUCCCAACCGGCUUCUAGCUACAGCUCCUUCCCCCUCUCUUCCGGCCGUUACCAAAGCAGACCUCUGCUCAGCUCAGCGCACCCUCCUCCAUCCAUCCAAACGCAGGAGGCUUGUCGGCGGCUGCAAUGGUGGACGUGGACCGCCGGAUGGCCGGCCUGACUCCGGCGGCACAUGCGGCGGGGCUGCGGCGCCUGUCCACGCGCGCCGCGGCGGGCCCCUCCUCGGCGUCGGCCUCCCCGCGGCACGGGCUGCACUCCUUCGCCCCGCUCGCGGCCGCGGUGCUGGGCCACCUCCGGGCCUCCGGGGUGGCCGUGCUCCCGGGCCUGACGGAGCUGGAGCUGGCGCGCGCCGAGGCCGAGAUGGGGUUCGCGUUCCCGCCCGACCUCCGCGCCGUGCUCGCCGCGGGCCUGCCGUCGGGGCCCGGGUUCCCGGACUGGCGGUCGCGCGCGGGGCUCCGGUCCGCCUUCGACCUGCCCAUCGCGGCGGCGUCGCUGCAGAUCGCGCGGGGCGCGCUGUGGCCGCGCUGCUGGGGCGCGCGCCCCGCCGACCCCGACCGCGCGCUGCGGCUCGCGCGCUCCGCCAUCCGCCGCGCGCCGCUGCUCGUGCCGCUCUUCGACCGCUGCUUCCUGCCCUGCCGCCCCUGCCUGGCCGGCAACCCGGUGUUCUUCGUCACCGACGACCGCGUCCUCUGCUGCGGCCUCGACGUCCUGCACUUCUUCGCCCGGGACUCCUGCUUCCAGCCGCUGGACCCGCGGUCGCGCGACGGCGAAGCAGGCGCCACGCCGUGCACGCGCCGCAGCCUCGACGCGGCCUGCGGCAGCGGCAAGGCGCCCCGCUGGAUCGAGUUCUGGAGUGACGCGGCGUCCGACCGCCGCCGCCGCGACUCGUCCUCCUCGGAGACGUCCACCGCGUCGUCCCUGUCCUCCGGAUGCGCGUCGCCGCCGCCGGCUGCCAGGCGGGCCAGGAACCCGCACUGGGUCGACAGCUACCUCGACCGGCUGGGCCACGUGCUGCGGCAGGGCGGGUGGAGGGACACGGAGGUGACGGAGAUGGUCGAGGUGGCGGCCUCCGGGUCCGGGGUGUUGGACGGCGAGGAGGCGGCGGCCCCCGCGGUGGACUCGGACGCGGCGCUCGACGCGCUGCUGCUCAAUGCCGACCGGUGCUCCGACGCGCUCCGGCGGGCCGGGUGGAGCUCGGAGGACGUGUCGGACGCGCUCGGGCUGGACCUCCGCCGGUGCAAGCAGCGGCCGCGCCCUGCGGUGCGGGUGCCGCCGGAGAUCGCCGUCAAGGUCGAGCGGCUCGCGCAGGCGGUGGCGCGCCCCUGACCCUCCCCGGCGCCUGCCGUGGCAUGGUCACAUCAGCCGUCGGCGGAGGCACUCGCCACCGGUGGCUGCCGUUCUCAUUGUCUUAGAGAAAAGUGGCUCUUUUUUCUUGACUUUUUCACUACACAAGAAAAGAAUACUUGCACUUUAAUCAGGUAGUACUAGUAAAAAAACUGUACGAAAAGUUAACCCCACGAUGCGGAGAUGUAAUUAAAUGCUUGGAAGUGAGUAGUAGUACUAGUAACGGCUAGCUGCAUUGAUUGAGGUUGCAAGCUCUGCCCGAUCAUCUAGUAUUGGUUUGGUUUUAUCUUUUAAUUUAAAUGGAUAAAGAUGAACUUAUACAGACA